AUGAGCGUCGAAGAACAGGGCUGGGCCAAAACCACCCUCAAGCCCGGCAACGGCGAGGACUUCCCUCGCGUCGGCGACCAAGUCCGAAUUGCCUACACCGGCUGGCUCAGAGACCCAUCCAACUCCGCCGACUACGAGAAGGGGAGAGAGUUCGACUCCUCGCGGAAGCGGGGCCCUCUCCAGACGGAGAUCGGGGUGGGUCGGGUCAUCAAAGGCUGGGAUGAAGGCGUGCGCGCGAUGAGCCUGGGCGAGAAGAGCAUCUUGACCAUCAAUUCGCGAUAUGCGUAUGGCGAGCGUGGCUUCCCAAACGUCAUUCCGCCCAACUCCGAUCUCGUCUUUGAGGUCGAGCUGCUGGGCAUCAACAACAAGUCCGUCUAG